AUGCUCAGUCCACCAAUAUCAGUACGUUACAUUCGCCUGAUUCCUGUUGAGUGGCACAAUCAUAUAUCGAUGAGAGUGGAAAUCUACGGCUGCUCAGGUACAGUAGCUGUCUUGUAUCGCUGAACCGUGAUGACGCCUUUGCUCAUAGAGAAAUUUUGGGUGCAAUACCUGCCUGAGUUUACAAUGAAAGAUUGGCUGCUAGGCAAUUUUAAGAUGCUCUCAGUUUAAUAGUGGUGAUUAAUUUGAAAUCUCAAUUAUGAUUUCAGACUAAUUUAAUUUAUUUUACACGAUGUUUGACUGUCACUCUUCACUCUUUUACAUUUUAUUGCCCCCGCAGGGUUUUUGGCCCCAGAGGGCCAAAAACCCGAGGAGGCACCUUAGGACUCCCCGCGUAAUAUAGAGGAAGACUGGAGAAGAGGGAAUGUGGGUAUUUUCGGUAGAUCAUAACCAGAAAAAAUCUCGAUUUGAUCGCUUGCACGGCCGCAAGGUAUCAACGUUUUUCCCGCAAAUGGUCAUGGGCUGCCAGUAAAAAGACACGCGCGCGAGGACUUUUAGGAUCGGCGUCUUUGACACGAGAUUUGUCCUAGUAUAGAGGGAGACUGGAGAAGAGAGAAUGUAGGUGUUUUCGGUUGAUCGUAACCAAAAAAAAUCUCGAUUUGAUCGCUUGUACGGCCGCAAGGUAUCAACGUUUUUCCCGCAAAUGGUCAUAACUACACAACUGUAAACAACAAGCCCAACUCAAAAAAAAAAAAGGAAAUGGUACUGUAGGGCGGGGGCAGCUCUAGUGAGAACUAUAACUAGUUACAUUACUUUCGUUUUCGCUCAAUUUGAUUGGCUUCAGCGCACAAGCCUUGACUGGCUAGUUUUUCCUGUUUUAAUGUUUAACUGAAACAUGGAUACAAAGAGUUGGUCCGAUUGUAGAAAAGAGCACAAUCAUCUCAUUCCUACCUUGCAAACCUCAGUUUGCUUUUACGAUGAGCAAAGUCUGUGCAAAUUAGCAACCAUUCAAUUUGGUCUUUUCGGUAUCAUGUUGUCACCGCGAAUUCUUGAACAUGUUUCAAUUUUUUAGUAAGAAAAAACCUGAAACCUGAAUUUGAAACUUUCUUUGACCUCCUAGCGCUUACCUAUUCGCCAACGGCACCACCAUCCGAAAUGACGACAAAAGCUAAAAACGGCAGAGAAGAGGGAAGACCCGCAGCGAGCAGAGGGAACCGGAAAACAGAAGGUGCCGCUGAAAAUUUUGUCUAAUUGUUGUGUUGUCGCGUCAGACGAUGCGUUAAGAAAACAAAACCCGUGCGUAUGGAGGCUUAACAUCCAACACAAAGGAAAUUAUUGAAACUGGGCAGCAUAAUUAAACAUUUUUAUCUCACCAACUAUCAUUGAGGAGUUAACCAAUUUAAUCAUCAUCAUGUGAAUUUUUUUGUCUAUUGCAAUUCACAAAAACAUUCGACUUACGUUGAGCAAGGUAAUAAAACGGUAAGUAGAUUGUGAUCGCACAGUCUAGAGUCAUCAUCCAUCACCAGUUUUUUCAUAUUGAACUCUGUUAAAGGCUUUUUCCCUUCGCUGUUGAUAGCCUAUUGUUUCAGAAUUUUGGUCAGCAAAAAGGCUGAUCCGCGUCAGUCUCGAAGAAAACCACACCCAAUUUCAGACUAAUUUCCCAAGUUCGAGUAACACGAAUAAAGUGUUUAUCUCCUGCUCCCUUAAAGAUGAGUCAAUGUGGGCUAAAAAAAACCAGGGUCGUAAUGAGGAAUGGCCUUAUCAUACCUCCCUAUCCAACUUUUAUGACAAGGCAUUUAUUUUUGAGAUACGAGGGAAACCAACUCCUUGUACUUGAAUGUUUAACUGGGUAGAUGCGUUCAUCUUUUGACAGGUGUCAAUGUACUUGCUGUGGUGUUACCCGUGAUAUUAAGCAUUUUGAUCGCUGCCUUGGGUGUAUUUUACUGGAAAAGGUGAGAACGAGCUCUAAACGGGGAAAUUCGUUGUCUAGCGACGGCAUCAAAGAACUUGAAAAGUACAGGCUUAACUCAUGAACAAGACAUGAAGAUGUUUAUAUGAUAUUUACAUUGUAUAACGAUUAAACUCUUACCUAUGGUUUUCUUUCCUAUGAUGUGACUUUGUAAACCUGUUUUUAAAUAGGAGAGCUAAAAGGAAUAAGGACAUCAACUCAGUCGCAUUUCAGAAGUGAGUAGAAAUCAUUUCUAGUUUUGUUUGUUUGUUUGUUCGUCUGAAAGAAAAAACGUCUUAGCACAUCUUUCUUAGUAUACUGACUGACUCACAGACCAUUUACUUACGUUAAAUAUGGUGUACUCCAGUUCUUUAUAAGACUUUGGCCUUCACAAAAAUCUAUUGAUAAACUUAUCCUAUGCACCCAUCUCUGCAAGCAUAUCAUUCGAUGGUUUUUUUCUGCACUUGACGUCUUUACUUGUGAUUUUUCAAUCACAAUUUUUAACUUCCAAAACGAACACUGCUGAUGAUUGAUUUGGUCCACAGUCAGGUGUAAACUGACAGAGUAAAGUCACUUUUAAGAGUCGUUAUUACAGUUUUUCACGUUAUCUGCUUUUAUUUUUUGCAGGGGAACCGAUGAAUUAAACUAUGCAGUGAACAGAAUAUACGAUGACGGGUAAAUGUCUAAUUUAAAAACACUGAGAACUGCGGUAUUUGAAAUGAAUGUUUAUGCUUGUCCCACUUACAGUACGUAAGUCCACGAACAACACGUACAUCGAACACAGGAACAAGAACUCGUUAUAGUUUUUUCUUAAUAGAGGUAAUUUAAGCAGAGGCGUUGAAGAGAAGCGAUGGCAUUCGGAAGAGGAAUGAAACUAAUUCUUACGCACUUUGACCCCAAUGUAUUUGUCGUGUGAAUGUCGUUUUAGUAUGCUUAAUCUAAAUGAUUUAUUCGGACAAAAAUGGUAAAAGGCGCACCAGGCAUGAUAACUUUAUCUUCUGGCUACCAUCGCGUCUAAAACCGUUUGUGCUUAAGUUUCCUAAUAAUUUUGGGGGCAGUUCUUGACGCAAUCGUUGAUUUUCCUCAGAGUGUGCAGAGUAUAACGGCAGCCUCUCAGUGUUUCUUCUAAGUUUUAUGCUUUCUCGCAAACUUAUAUCAUUUGGAUAUUUACCUCCACCGAAGUGGAAGCGAGAUCUACAUAUCUAUUAUUAUUACUAUUAUUUCCUGAUUUCCUUUUUUCGCUUUAGCAAAUCAUUGGGUUACCAACUCCUCAGCGAAGAAUCGAUUAACAUAGGUGAUUGUUAUCAUAACAAUUGAUGGCAUUUCGACGGAGAGUCGUGAAAUAAAAAACCUCAAAGCAAACAGGCGAACCGCCUAAAGCGUAACAGAACGUGACUGACCAAGUCAUCAUUGGUUUUAAUUUUGAAUAUUGAUGGUUGGGAAUUCGAAAGUGGCGCAACCAAAGCAAACCCGCAUUACCUCCGACACUCAACUGGAAAUUGCUCAGUCUAUCACUCUGAAAACUUAGAAAUCCCAGAACUGCAUUCGUGGAAAUAUAUAUUUAGCUCUAAUCAUUGACUGUGAUGUUAAUUUUUUUUUUCAUAGGGACGAGGUGGUGUACCACGAGUUUUGAAAUUAAUAAACUCCAGCACCAAGGAUAUGUUUUAGCCACUUACUGUUUUUUAAAAGAAAUUGGAAAAAAUCAUAUAAACAAAUGUAAAGAUCCUUUGAGGAUUCUAAUCAUUUUCCCUCUGAAUAGUCAUCGUAAAGAACAUCAAGCAGAAGUAACAUGUUCGGUUUUUCUUAUUAGUCAGAGGAUGAUUAGGAAGUGAAUCAGUUUUUGAAUGUGUAAAUGUGAAAAGAUUGUCACUUUUAGUUCGUUGCUGUCUAAAUGAUGUAAUUUUGUAGUAGUUGGUGAUUACUGGCUCAUAGAGCGUUUUCGAUUGAGUGUCGUAAACUCAAAACCAAAGUUAUCACAAGAACCAAUCAGAAGAUAGGAAAAUAACUGUAAGAACCAAUGAGAACUCAAAGUAAACAGCAAACGGUCCAAAGCGAAGGAACACGCGGGUGACCAAGUCGUGAUUGGCUUUGGUUUUGCACCUGAUUGGUUGAGAGAGUGGCGCAAGUUUUUUUGGACCAAUCACAGAGCGGAGAAAAGCAAAACCAAUGCAACCCGGAUUGUUUUCGACACUCAGUUGUAAAUUGCUCUAACCUGAAAACCACACAAGCAACAACUCGUUGUACACCUGAAGAAUAUGGCUCGCAUACUUUUAGCUUUUUUUACUUUUUUAAACUACUGGAUGAAUAUCAUAAUAUGAUUGUCUUGGAUAAAUUUUUUUAUACAACCCUCGCUAUCGUUAGGACUACCCUCACCCGGACGUUCAGACUGUUACCCCGGGG